CAGUACAUUACGGCCGACCGGGACGCGGCGACGAGUUGAGGACCGGAGCGAGAGCGGAGAAGCGAGGCCGCGGAAUCGUGUUGGCGUGGCGCUCUAUGAGACUGCUCCUUCGGCGGAGCGUGGUGGAAGACGCGGAUGAGGCGAGGAUGUCCGGCGGGAGCGCGCUCAUCAAGGAGGACCUGCCGGGCUCGUUCCUGGUCAAGUACCUGGGGACGCGGGAGUCGCGGGGUCUCUGGGGGAUCAAGCACACCCGGAAGCCGGUCGACGCCAUGGUGGCCGCCGCCAAGGAGCCCGGCGUCGCCCUCCCCAUGCUCACGCUCACCGUCCAGAAGGAGGGCAUCCGCAUCCAGGACGCCGCCGCCCCCGCCAACGGCCCCCACCAGUUCUACCCCAUCGAGACCAUCUCAUACGGAGUUCAGGAUCUGGUCUACACGCGAGUGUUCGCGAUGAUCAUCGUGAAGGACGUGCUGAGCCACCGCGCCCGCGACGCCGGGCACCCGUUCGUCUGCCACGCCUUCGUCUGCGAGAGCCGGCAGGUGGCGCGGAAGCUGACCUACACCCUGGCCACCGCCUUCCAGCUCUACAGCCGCCGGAUCCGGGUCGGCGCCGGCGGCAGCGUCACCAAGUUCGCCAUCGACCUCCGCUCGCCGCAGGAGAUGGAGUCCGACCUCCGCAUGCAGGACUCCGAGGCUUGACCGCCGUCGCGGAUCCAGAGCUCGGUGCUGUCGCAUCGGAAUGGGGCAAAGCCGGCAUUGUGUCCGGCUCCGGGCCGAUGAUCGGAACUCAACCGAGGGCGCGACAAGCCAGAAGGCUCAUUGUUGAAACUGAUGGACGAAGAAGACCAAA